UUCAAGAUGACAGAUUCAAAGUAUUUUACCACUACAAAAAAGGGUGAAAUAUUUGAACUUAAAUCAGAAUUAAAUAAUGACAAGAAAGAGAAAAAAAAAGAAGCUGUGAAAAAGGUCAUAGCUUCCAUGACUGUGGGUAAGGACGUAUCAGCACUCUUCCCAGAUGUGGUCAACUGUAUGCAGACAGACAAUUUGGAGCUGAAAAAGCUGGUGUAUUUAUACCUGAUGAAUUAUGCCAAAAGUCAACCAGACAUGGCUAUCAUGGCUGUCAACACGUUUGUCAAGGACUGCGAGGACCCAAAUCCGCUGAUUCGUGCAUUAGCAGUUCGCACAAUGGGAUGUAUACGCGUGGACAAGAUUACUGAGUACCUCUGUGAGCCACUGCGAAAAUGCCUGAAGGAUGAGGAUCCGUAUGUUCGUAAGACCGCAGCUGUAUGCGUAGCCAAGCUUUAUGAUAUUAAUGCAGCUUUAGUCGAAGAUCAAGGAUUUUUGGAUCAACUGAAAGAUCUUCUAUCAGACAGUAAUCCUAUGGUUGUUGCAAAUGCGGUGGCUGCUCUUUCGGAAAUCAAUGAAGCAAGUCCAAAUGGACAACCUUUAGUUGAAAUGAAUGCACAGACGAUUAACAAAUUAUUAACAGCUCUCAACGAAUGUACAGAAUGGGGUCAGGUAUUCAUUUUGGAUUCGUUGGCGAACUAUUCACCUAAAGACGAACGCGAAGCACAAAGCAUCUGCGAAAGAAUUACUCCACGCUUAGCUCAUGCUAAUGCUGCAGUUGUUCUAUCUGCUGUCAAGGUAUUAAUGAAGUUAAUGGAAAUGUUACAAUCAGAGUCGGACUUUGUUGGUACCUUAACUAAGAAAUUAGCUCCGCCACUUGUAACUUUACUUAGUUCCGAACCGGAAGUUUCAUACGUUGCGUUGAGAAAUAUAAAUCUUAUUGUACAAAAACGGCCAGAUAUCUUAAAGCAUGAGAUGAAAGUUUUCUUUGUCAAGUACAACGAUCCAAUUUAUGUUAAACUUGAGAAGUUAGAUAUUAUGAUUCGUUUAGCAUCUCAAGCUAAUAUAGCUCAGGUUUUAUCCGAGUUGAAAGAAUAUGCCACUGAAGUGGACGUAGAUUUUGUACGAAAAGCUGUAAGAGCCAUCGGUCGUUGCGCCAUCAAAGUCGAGCCUUCCGCGGAACGCUGCGUUUCAACACUUCUGGAUUUAAUACAAACAAAAGUAAAUUACGUUGUCCAAGAAGCGAUCGUUGUCAUAAAAGACAUUUUCCGAAAAUAUCCAAAUAAAUAUGAAAGUAUAAUUUCAACUCUUUGUGAAAAUUUGGAUACGCUCGACGAGCCAGAGGCACGCGCAUCUAUGAUAUGGAUAAUCGGAGAAUACGCUGAGCGAAUUGAUAAUGCUGAUGAACUCCUUGAAAGCUUCUUAGAGGGAUUCCACGAUGAAAAUACGCAAGUACAAUUACAGUUGCUUACAGCAAUAGUUAAACUAUUUCUUAAACGUCCUACGGAUACCCAAGAAUUGGUUCAGCAAGUUCUUAGUUUGGCGACACAAGACUCCGAUAAUCCUGACUUAAGAGAUCGAGGAUUUAUCUACUGGCGGUUGCUUAGCACUGAUCCAGCAGCUGCCAAGGAAGUUGUACUUGCUGAAAAACCAUUGAUUUCAGAAGAAACAGAUCUGUUAGAGCCUACAUUAUUGGACGAGCUGAUAUGUCAUAUUUCAAGUUUGGCAUCUGUGUAUCAUAAACCACCUACUGCCUUCGUUGAAGGUAGAGCAGCUGGUGCUAGAAAAUCAUUGCCUGCUAGAAGUAACUCGAGCGAAGAUUCAGGACAACAUGCAGCACAACUUCAUGCCCAAGUUAUUCCUGCUCAAGACUCUCUAAUAGGUGAUCUGCUUAGUAUGGACGUUGGUGGCUCAACUAUAGUUAAUCCAACACCAACUUCUCAAUCGGGAUUAGGUAUGGACUUGUUAGGAAGUGGUUUGGAUGGAAUUUUGGGUGGUACUGAUACCGCAAGUACUGCACCAGUAGUGUCUCAAAGCACAACCGGACUUCUUGGCGACAUAUUUGGUUUUAAUCAAGGACUUACCUCUUUCAUUGCACCAAAGGUUAAUUGGUUACCCGCAGAGAAAGGCAAAGGACUUGAUAUAUGGGGAACAUUCUCGAGAAAGAACGGACAAAUUAGCAUGGAUAUGACAUUUACAAACAAAGCAAUGCAGCCUAUGGGUGGUUUCGCGAUACAAUUAAAUAAAAAUAGUUUUGGUUUAACUCCUGCUGCGCCAUUACAAGUACCAAGUCCUUUAAAUCCUGGCGCUAGUAUAGAUACGAGUGUAAUCUUAUCUACCGCCGGUGCCGUACAACGCAUGGAACCUUUGAAUAAUCUUCAAGUUGCAAUAAAAAAUAACAUUGAUAUAUUUUAUUUCGCUUGUAUCGUACCCAUGAAUGCAUAUUUUACGGAGGAUGGACAAUUAGAUAAAAGGGUAUUUCUUAGUACUUGGAAGGAUAUACCUGCCCAGAAUGAGGUACAGUACACAUUAAAAGGAGUAAUGCUAACUGCAGAUCAAGUUGUCCAAAAAAUGCAACAAAACAAUGUAUUUACAAUUGCCAAAAGAAAUGUAGAAGGUCAGGAUAUGUUGUAUCAAUCUCUUAAAUUAACAAACAACGUUUGGGUAUUAAAUGAACUGAAAAUUCAGCCAGGAAACCCAAAUGUCACCUUAUCUUUGAAGUCACGUUCCGUGGAAGUAGCAGCGGGCAUAUUCCAAUCGUAUAAUGCAAUUUUACAUUCAUAAGUAGUAAAUUAAGUCAUUUAAUAUUGAAUUUAUGAAAAUCAUAUUU